GCUCCAAGUUAUAUGCAGCUCCGCCCUUCUGCGAUCAUUCACUCCUAACCUCUAACAACCCACUCCCUAACCUCCAACCACCAUCUUCACCUUCGUUGAGCCAGGGGACACUCGACGAUGCCAUUAGCGUCCUCGGGCGCACGGGGCUUGGCCUCCACAGGUCGCCAAGCAUCCAAUCUAAUGGGACAUGGCAUUGGCAAUCCUAGCCGCAACAUACACAUUCCAGCCUUCGUACCACGUCCAGCGAGUAAACCAACCGCAUCGACAGCGCAAACCAUCUUCAGACAAACUCGUAGCUUCCUAUCCCGCUUUGCUACAUUGUUGACUGCACCGGGCAAAUAUGCGACACCCGCGCACAUGCCUGCUGCCUCCCGUUCAUUUGGGUAUGCAGCUGCUCGAAGCCGGUCAAUCCAGCAAGGCCUUUCUUUCACCACACGACAGGCUCUUGCACGACCCAUGUGGGCUCCUUGUCUGCCGAAACCUCCCGCUAUUCAACGGAGUACCAUCGAAGUUGGUCUAGGCACUGCCAGGAAGUUCUCGACUGCUCGUCCCAUCUUCCAAAGCGUUGCUGAUAAUAUUCCCAUUGCCGGGCGUGCUUUCUGGGAACCCGAUUGGGAACUGAAGAUUAGUGAGGAGAAGAAAAGGCUUAUUCUGAAACGAAAGGAGCAGAAGAACAAGGAGAAUAAGCAGACUCGCAAGCUUGUCUUGCACUCUUCUCCUAAGAUCGCGAAGACCGCCGCCGCAUCUAUCUCCACGUCUAUUGAUGAUGUUCAGCCUCGGGAACUCGAUCACUACUUCCCUAUUCCUGCUGAAGCCACCGUUACGACUUACCUGUUGAUCCCUCUCGCGCCGACGCCAACGUCUCGCCUUCCGCUUCCCCUCUCGCCGCCCACACAUUCAUCUUCGCACCCGCUUCUCCCAUUCUCAAUAAUAUCUGCCGUACACAGAGACCAUGGGACGCAUGCCUUGCGAGUGUCCACCCUCUUCGCUCGCUUGGACACUUCCGGUGUCUUACACCAGUCAGGAGUUACUUGCUCUGCGUUUGGCGAUCCAAGCGGCCUGUGCAGCGUUGUUGAAGUGAAGUUUACCGGAUGGACUCAAGACCGUGUGAGAGGUGUCCUAGGCGAGUUAGGUACGGGAUGGUGUGUGCUCGAGGAGGUCCGCGAAGAUGAAGAAAUAAAGGAACAGGCGGAUAUGGAGGAAGUCAUGUCGAAUAUGAGCUUGACGGAUAUUAGCAUUUCGCCGACCCCGGUGGAGAUCGAUCCUUCGAGUUCAUUCGUUCUCCCAACUUUGGACUUCUCCACUUCGUUCCCUGCUCAGACGAAUAUAUGGACGUCUCCGCCUUCGGUGUCCACUCCUUUGUCUGACUUGGAGUUCCAUAACGCUUGGACUCGAGCGACGUCUGUCGCUAGCGAGUCGGACUCUGACUUCGAGGUCGACUCCUCCAGCGACUACGAUAUCAAUGGUUCUGCGUGGGGAGACUCGUUCUCUGUCUCUCAGCCCGGCGCCUCGAUGCCCUCGUCUCCUGGAUCGGGAUCGGAAGGUUGGAUAGGAUUAGGGCUUAGUUCGCAGGUUAGUGGCCGGGUGCAGGGGUUGGAGGAUGAGAUGCCUGAGCCUAGGGAAUUCUUGUUCUAGGUAUAACUCCGUUCGUUUCUCUUUAUCUUUCCUUCUCUGUCAAUGUAUUGUACGUUAGCUGGGUAUACACGUGUUUCAGAUAUC